GUGCCUCGUCUUCCGGCAAUCAGAAGAGGAAGAAGCUCUCUGAAUUUCCUGCUGCUGUUCUCAGACUGACCGAUCAUCCUCGGACAUGGCGUCCUGCACACGGAGCAUAUGGAAAGGUUAGGUGUUAAAUAAUUGUACCUGUUAACCCGAAGUGUAUGUGACGUUGAAGAGUCCUGUUAUUUUAAUCAAUGAAGGCUUCUAUGUGGAAAUUUCGAACGAAGUUUCAGUUUAAGCGUUAGAUUGGCAUGAAUGUUAGCACGAAUUUUAGCAUGGAUGCUAAACCAUCCUCGUUCUGCUGACUGUAAACUCAGUAGGAAAAGACAGCGUUAGUGUUUGAUGGAUUCUCUGUAGUAUUGAUUUUGGGUAAUUUGAUUAUUUCUCCUCUAAAUGUUGAUCAAUCUGAGAGGAUCAUUUGUCCUCUGAGAGGAUCUGAGAUUUACAAUCUUGAAAACUUAAAAACUUAUUUUAUCAGUGACAGACAGCUAAUUCUGUUAUUGACUUCUCUGUGUUUGAUUCUUGUUUUUGAUUCCUUUUGUGUUUGGCCUUUUUUUUUAACCCCCUUUAUUGUCUCUUUUGAUUUUGACUAGUUUGUAUUUGACUCCUUUGUUUUUUAUUCUUGUGUUCGAGUCUUGUUUUUGACUCCUGUAUGGUGUUGUUGGAUGAUAAAAGUUUGAAGAAAAACAAUGCAGGGCUCUCAAGUCUCACGCAUUCAGCGUGUGACACACGCAUUCCCACCCGUUCACACGCUCACACGCCACACAUUGUAUUUCUCACGCAUUUAAAUGAACAUGGUGAUGUCCACCAAGUUGCACCUCUUAAACUAUGGAACAGGUAGGAAUCAACUGAGUUCCUCCGAGAGUUCAGAAGCUGCGUGCCACGCGCAAGCCAAUCAAAUAAAGUAUAUCUACUGAACAGCCAAUAAAAAAGCAGCAUUGCUGUAUCCGAGUAGAUUUUGAUAUCUUUCGGUUUGACUACAGAAGAAGACAGACACUCGCCGUAAUAGAGCAGGUUUUUAUAAGGACGAGAUAGACCCGAUGAUUACAGUAAGUCAGUAACCUACAUAUGCAGAGACCUCAACACCUCAUGGCAUAUAAACUCAUAUGAUAAACUAAAGCCCUAUGCUAUUGCUAUUAACAGCUGUAUUGACGGAUUUAGUCUCUGUACAGCCAUUUCCAGCCAUUUUCCCCUCCACAGAAGCAGCAUUUCUCAUAUAUCUCAAAUAUAAGUUCUGAUACUCAUGACAGUGUAAUGCUCAUGUACCAAAGGAUUAAGUAUUGAAUUGUACUUAAGUAUCUCCAUGUUUGUGAAACCUAUACUAAAGUACAAUUCAUCUAAAUGCUCCACAGUGCUGAUUUUAACAACUCUCCUUCACAACAGGUAACUUUACGACUUAAUACUGAUAUUAAUGACUUUAUUCUCCCAAAUAAUAACUUUAUUCUUUAAUAUUUAAAAACGUUUUUUUUUUCUAAUUGUGCCCCUUAUAUUCCGUUGUAUUUAAGAGAUAAUUAUACCAAUAGUUAUCUUCAACCCCCCCCCCCCCCAGGAAAUCUCACUCUAAGCUUAGUUCAAAACUUGAGAGCCCUGACAAUGUUCUUGGUAAUCUAACAGUUAAUUUUAGGUUCAUUCAUCAGACACUUUUAUCCAAAGGUGCAUUUAUCUGAGAGCAAAAAUAAUAAGAGUAAGAACUGGACUAAAGAAAACCACCUCAGUAAGAAGCAGAACCUGCAGCAAGUGUAACUGGGCCAGGUGUUGUCAGGUUGUAAAUGAAGUCAUGUUUUUUUUAAUGUAUGUUUUUUUUAAAAUAAUUUUUCAAAAUUUAAUUUUUUUAAAAGCGUCAGUUGAUUGACCAAAGUGAAUCACCAACUAAAAGAAAUUGAGCUUAGGACUGGUGGAAGGCCUCUCCAGGCCAAAUUCUGGAGGUAGUCUCCAAUAAAUCGCUCUGUGUGGGGUGAGGAGGGAUCCCUUGGGGGUAGGGAUGGGUGAUAUUGGCAAAAAAAAUUAUCAUGUUAAGUUUUCACAAUGGAGAGGUAACUCACAUCUAUAAUUCAGGACAGGUGUGUCAGAGAGCAAGGGAUCCAGUAAUUCAAACAAAGGGAAAACACCUGCACACUGUCCAACUUGCACAAAAAGGAACAAUUUAUUGCUGCAGUGUUUCUGUACUAGACCUUCAUUAUGCAAACCCUGUGUCUUUUUCAGCAAGUUGGACAGUGUGUGGGUGUUUUCCCUUUACUAUGAUAAGUAUUGCCAUUCUGGCGAUAACGAUAAAAGACACAAUAAAAAAAUGUAAUACUUAUGUUUUUGACUCAUUCUGUCUUUAAUAACCCACAGACAUUUUUCUUGGAUGGCACUUACCAGUUGGCAUAGUCAAAUAAAACACUUAAUCACAAGUUUCAGUAGGUAGGUCAUGGAGUUUAGGUAGGUUAUGGAGAAAACUAGUGACAUCAAGAACUCUUAUCGUACAGAGUGACCAGUAGCAGCAGAUGCACUGUCAGGCACACCUGACUGCACUCGUCUAAGCCCCAAUCUUGAAGGAAAGGUUAUCAUAUUUAUCAUGAGAUGGCAAAUAUUCAUUGUGGAGGAUUUUUCUGAUGAUUAACCAGGAACGAUAAUUUUGCAGUUUGGACAUAUUUCAUUAUAUCUGAGAACCACGGAUAGUAAUUUGCAUGCCAUGUAAUGCUAAAACUUCAAGAGGGGGUGCAUCAGCAAAGAGUUUCUUCACUUAACGUUAAAUUUAUCACCUGAAAUCCACACAUUCUGAUCGCCAUUCUGAAUAUGAGAAAAACGCGACACAGAAAAGGAAAAUUCCCCGAGCACGCCCACUCCGUCUGUUGCGGAUGUUGCAGCCAAAUACACAGGCUGAUGCUGGGGAAAGUGUCACUUCUCACUUUUAUUCAUAACUUUUACAGAAAUCAACAUUGCACUCUUGCUUGAAAGCAAACACAGUGAUGUUUUUUCUUCUAGCCAUGUCUCCACCGUUCACAACACUUCUUCUCUUAGAACUUUUACUCGCGGGUGCCAUCUGAAGGUGUAAAGAACACAGAACAUGCAACACAUUGACUCAAAAACCCCUCAAAACCCACAUUCUAGUUGCGUAAAUUUAUAUUAAUCUGAUAUUUCAAAUUGAUUAAUAUUAAUUCAGUAUUAAUUUAUGCAAUUGCAAGGCCUUGAUUUUAGUGAGGUUAGUACACAGUCAGCCAUAAAUGCAAUGGUACUAACAAUUAGCAUAAUUUCUUUUGUUGUUUAGGUUUAAACUUCAUCACCAGAGUCUCCCUCAUUAACACACCUGUCUCCUCUCAUCCACACAGACACACUUGUGUUCACCAAUCUACAGCUUUCACAGCAGCUUAUUACACCACACCACUGUUUAAUGGAGAUCUGACAUAAAAUAAUGGGGGGAACAUGACCUCAAAAAAAGGGGGGGGGGGUCUGCUCUAGAGCAACACUGGAAAAACCAAGGAGCUGGUGGUAGAUUUCUGCAGGCACAGACCCACACCAGUGAACAUUCAGGGAAAGGACAUUGAGAUUGUGGACUCCUACAAGUACUUGGGUGAUUGUCUGAACAAUAAAUUGGACUGGACUGACAACACUAACUCACUUUACAGGACAGGCCAAAGUAGACUUCACCUACUGAGGAAACCGAGGUCCUUAAGGGUGCAAGGAGCACUUCUGAGGUCCUUUCCUGACUGUGGUGGCAUCAGCCAUCUUCUAUGGAGUGGUCUGUUGGAGCAGCAGCAUCAGGACUGCAGACAGGGACAAACUGAACAAACUAGUGAGGAAGGCUGGCUCUGUCGUGGGCUGUCCUCUAGACCCUGUCAAGGUGGUAGGGGACAAGAGGGUUAUGGCUGAGCUGUCAUCUUUAAUGGACAAUGUUUCCCACCCCCUGCAGAGCACUGUAACAGCACUGGGCAGCUCCUUCAGUGACAGGCUUCUUCACCUGUGGUGUGUUACAAAGAGAUACCACAAGUCCUUCCCUCCCUCUUCUGUCAGACUGUUUAACCAGGCUUGAUCCCAGUAAUCCAGGUUUUUUUUUAGUUACAGAGAGUAACAAUGCUUCCUCUGUGUGCAAAGUUGACAGGUUUUUAUGAGUGUGACCCCUCAGACUCAGUUCUGCUGCUCGUCCUACACAUACAUGUUAAGUCUCCAUUUAAAAGGGAAGUAAACAGGAUUUACAACAGUACCAGAUUUAUUACUAAGCUGCAUUGUUACAAUAAAGAAAUAAACUAAUACUGCAAUAAAUCUGUUUUUUUUUCUCCAAUGUUUUUCAGUCUUAUCAGGAUGUCAGAGGCAACUGUCAGCCAGGCGCCCCACCCACACAGGUGUGUUACCUGUCAGGACCUUUACCUCCAUGAAGUGAGUUCACAAACUUUUAUUAAAAACAUGAAAUUGGUGAAAUGUUUUAGGAGCAGAGUUUCCCCUACAUGCAGUCGAUCGUGGCACACCGCCAUGACUAAGUAAAAGCUGCCACACCUUUGAAAAUUAGUUUUUUUUUUCUGAUGUGGCUCUAACUCCGACUCAUGUAUCAGUAUGUGCACCAUGGAGCACGCAUGCUGAAUAUUAGCAUCAUUAUCGAGGUGAUCAGAGCUGUUUAAGUACCCCCUCACUCCCCAAAUCACACACCAACACAUAAAGAUUCCUGUCCUGGGAAAAACACUGAGGUGAAUUUCUUACACUGUACAGGAUUUUUCUUUGAACACCUAAAGAUUUAUAAAACCCAAUUCCAUUGAAGUUGGGAAAUUGUGAUAAACAAAUAAAAACAGAAUACAAUGAUUUGCAAAUCCUUUUCAACCUAUAUUCAAUUGAAUACACAACAAAGACAAGAUAUUUAAUGUUCAAACCCAUAAACCUAAUUUUUCUGCAAAUAAUAAUUAAGAAUUUCAUGGCUGCAACACGUGACAAAGAAGUUGGGAAAGGUGGCAAAAAAUACUACGAAAUUUGAGGAAUGCUCAUCAAACACCUAUUUGGAACAUCCCACAGGUGAGCAGGCUAAUUGGGAACAGGUGGGUGCCAUGAUUGGGUAUAAAAGCAGCUUCCCCAAAAAUUCUCAGUCAUUCACAAGCAAGGAUGGGGUGAGGUUCACCACUUUGUAAACAACUGUGUGAGCAAAUACACUGUGCGCACAAUUAUUUGGCAAGUUGUAUUUUUGAGAAUAAAUUUUAUUUUUGAACAACUACAGUGCUCUCGGUCAAUCCAAAAUGUUAAUAAACCUCAAACCUUAAUAUUCAAGGGAGUAAAAGUGAGAUUUUUACUUCCUUAGGAGAAUAUCUAUGUGUGCACAAUUAUUGGGGGCAGCUAUUAGUGUGCAGAAUUAUUAUGCAACUAAAUUAAAAAUGAAAAAUUUUCCAUCUCACUUGUUUAUUUUCACUUGUUAAAGUGAGAAUGAUAAACAAACAACUCAAUUUACAAAUAAAAAAUGUUGAAAUUUAAAAAAAAAAAUCUGUGACCAAUAUAGCCACCCUUCUUUUCAUUAACAGUCAUAAGCUUUCCAUUCAUGGAGUCUUUCAGUUUCUUGAUCUGUUGACGAUCAACUUUUUGUGUUGCAGUAACCAAAGCCUUCCAGACACUGUUCAGAGAGGUGUACUGUCUCUCUUCACUGUAAAUUUCCCGUUUAAGAAGGGCUCACAAGUUCUCAACAGGGUUUAGGUCAGGUGAAGAAGGAGGCCACGUCAUUAUUCUUUCGUUUUUAAGGCCUUUACUGGCGAGCCACAUAGUGGAGUACUUUGUUGCAUGCAAUGGAGCAUUGUCCUGCAUAAAAAUCAUGGUUUUCUUGAAAGAUGCAGACUUUUGCCUGUACCACUGCUUGAAGAAAGUGUCUUCUCAAAACUGGCAUUGGAUUUGGGAGUUGAUUUUAAGUCCAUCUUUAACCCAAAAGGUCCAGCUAGCUCAUGUUUAAUAAUACCAGCCCAUACCAGUACCCCGCCUCCACCUUGCUGGUGUCUGAUUCGAAGUGGAGCUCUGUGCCCAUUACUGAUCCAGCCACUGGCCCAUCCAUCUGGUCCGUCAAGAGUCACUCUCAUCCCAUCAGUCCAUAAAACCUUUGAAAAAUCUCUCUUCAGGUAUUUCUUGGCCCAGUCUUGACGUUUUAACCUGUGUCUUGUUCAGUGGUGGUCAGAUUUCAGCCUUCCUUACUUUGGCCAUGUCUCUGAGCACUGAACACCUUGUACUUCUGGGCACUCCAGGUAGGUUGCAGUUCUGGAAUAUGACAGCACCGGAGGAUAAGCGGUUCCUGGUAGCUUUACUUUUGAGUCUUCUCAAAUCUUUGGCAGUUAAUUUGCAUCUUUUUUUCUUAACACAUUUCUUGCGACCCUGUUGACUAUUUGCAUCAAAAUGUUUGCUGAUUCUGUAAUCACGCCCAAAUAUCUAAGCAAUUUCAGGAGUGCUGCAUCCCUCUGAAAGACUUUUUACAUUUUUUGACUUUUCAGAGUCACUUAAAUCUCUUUUUUGGCCCAUUUUACCUGAGGAAAAGAAGCUGCCUAAUAAUUAUGCACACCUUGAUUUAGGGUUUUGAUAUCCUUAGGCCCCAGCCUCCCUCAUUACACUAAUACACAUUACCUGAUAUGCUUAUAUCUAAUAAGCAUUCAAGUUUAUACAGCUUGGAGUUGGAAAAUAUGCAUAAAAAUGAUGAUAUGAUUAAAAUACUCACUUGCCUAAUAAUUGUGCACACAGUGUAGUCGAACAGUUUAAGAACAACGUUUCUCAAAGUACAAUUGCAAGAAAUUUAGGGAUUUCAACAUCUACGGUCCAUAAUAUCAUCUAAAGGUUUAGAGAAUCUGGAGAAAUCACUGCACGUAGGUGGCACGGCUGGAAACCAACAUUGAAUGCUCAUAACCUUCGAUCCCCCAGGCGGCACUGUAUCAAAAACUAACAUCAAUGUGUAAAGGAUAUCACAACAUGGGCUCAGGAACACUUUGGAAAACCACUGUCAGUAAAUACAGUUUGUCGCUACAUCUGUAAGUGCAGGUUAAAACUCUACUAUGCAAAGCGCAAGCCAUUUAUCAACAACAUCCAGAAACGCCGCCGGCUUCUCUGGGCCCGAGCUCAUCUAAGAUGGACUGACGCAAAGUGGAAAAGUGUUCUGUGGUCUUACAAGUCCACAUUUCAAGUUGUUUUUUGGAAAUAGUGGUCCUCUGGGCCAAAGAGGAAAAGAACCAUCCGGACUGUUAUCGAUGCAAAGUUCAAAAGCCAGCCUCCGUGAUGGUAUGGGGGUGCAUUAGUGCCCAAGGCAUGGGUAACUUACACAUCCGAACAGUUUAAGAACAACGUUUCUCAAAGUACAAUUGCAAGAAAUUUAGGGAUUUCAACAUCUACGGUCCAUAAUAUCAUCUAAAGGUUUAGAGAAUCUGGAGAAAUCACUGCACGUAGGUGGCACGGCUGGAAACCAACAUUGAAUGCUCAUAACCUUCGAUCCCCCAGGCGGCACUGUAUCAAAAACUAACAUCAAUGUGUAAAGGAUAUCACAACAUGGGCUCAGGAACACUUUGGAAAACCACUGUCAGUAAAUACAGUUUGUCGCUACAUCUGUAAGUGCAGGUUAAAACUCUACUAUGCAAAGCGCAAGCCAUUUAUCAACAACAUCCAGAAACGCCGCCGGCUUCUCUGGGCCCGAGCUCAUCUAAGAUGGACUGACGCAAAGUGGAAAAGUGUUCUGUGGUCUUACAAGUCCACAUUUCAAGUUGUUUUUUGGAAAUAGUGGUCCUCUGGGCCAAAGAGGAAAAGAACCAUCCGGACUGUUAUCGAUGCAAAGUUCAAAAGCCAGCCUCCGUGAUGGUAUGGGGGUGCAUUAGUGCCCAAGGCAUGGGUAACUUACACAUCUGUGAAGGCAACAUUAAUGCUGAAAGGUACAUACUAGGGCCCAACUGAUAUGGAUUUUUUUGGGGCCGAUACCAAUUAGUAGGGAGGAAAAAAAUCUGAUUACCAUUUUUUUAUUAAGUUAUAAUAUCUAUCUAUCUAUCUAUCUAUCUAUCUAGCUAUCUAUCUAUCUAUCUAUCUAUCUAUCUAUCUAUCUGCACACACACUAUGGGCCACUAUGUGUGUGUGUCUGUAUGUUGGAGGAGCACAGCAGGCUCAUGAGAGCUGUCAGAGCGGACAGAAGCUGCUCCUAUAUGUUUAGCGUUUAACUGACUGAAUUUUGCAACUUUGUUCGUCGUUUUCGUCUCGUCCCGUCAACGUAAACGCACUUCCGUCUCGUCACAUUUUAGUCAUCUCCGACUUACGUUUAGCUCGUCAACGUUACGUCUUCGUCGUGGAAGAAAAGAGAAAUAUUUUCGUCAACGAAAACAACCAGUGUUGUUUUCGUCAAUGAAAAUAUUUCCCUUUUUUGACACUGACGUUGCCGAAAAUAUUUGACGAAAUAUGACGAAAACAACACUGGUAGGAAUGCUUCUAAAUUCUGCCGUGGGAAUGAAAUUUAGAAUGUGCGUAAGUACAAAAAAAGCUGUAUUUAUCAAACAUGCGGACACCGGUGUGAAAGCCUCGUUUUAUUUCGGCUUGUUGGUGAUAUGUGUAUGGGAACUGGAUGUAAAUUGAGGCCAGAGAAAUUAUUGCAUUCAACUCUGCUGGCAUGAUUCUGCUUAGUGUUGUCUGUGAAAUGCCGCAUAUGUCUCCAAUCUCACACUGAAAUGUUCUGGUGGACAAAAAUCCCAGGGUGGACAGGAUCUGGAAGUGCACUUUGGUGUGUUUUGUCUCUCGCUCCAACACGGGUAAUAAAUCACGGCGUAAACCCAUUAAAAUAUCUUGGGGAAGCGGUACCUGCUAAGAAGCCGCUCUGUGUUCUCACUGAACAGAUCAGCACAAUCUUUAAAAACAUGCUCCCUGCGGAGCAUACAGUUUUCCAAGUCCUCAAAUAACACAAAAUAAGCUGUGAUUCUUGUAUCAGUACUUGUAAGACUUCUUUGAGGUUGUCCUGUCACAGCUGAUUUUUAUAGCUUGUCACACCAAUCAUUCAAAAUGUCUGCUAAAUAACUAAUCAGUUGAAUUUUAUACACUGGGUAACGUGUGAAGUUUGAGAUUGCUGAACGCUGUGACUCCUUUAUUUGGUUCUAUUUGUAGUUUCACUGUUCCACCACUAGAUUUCGUGUGUAUGCAUGGUCAGAGUUGUGCUUAAAUGUACGCACAUUCCUAAGCACAAGUACAGGUUGAUAAAUUCUAUAUUUUGUGCGGGAAUGUUCAUACGCACUCAUUAAGCACAUAUCUGUGCAUACGCAUGGUUGAUAGAUGAGGGCCCUGGACGAAAGAGAGUUACUACAAAAGCAGAGGAUAAACAUAGCAUUGUUACCAGUAAGAGAGAUCGGCGAAAGACAGCAUUACAAAUACAAGAUGGCACACACUCCAAAAUGGCAGCAUGUGUGGUGUAUCUGUUCAGUCUCUGCUCAGUGUUUGUCUGUUUUUAACAUUUCUUUUUGGAUUUUAUAAUACUUAGAUAGUUUUUUUUUUUUCCCAUUUAGUACUUGAGCCAAGAACCAAAAUUUCACAUAUCGGUACCACCUGGGUGGGCAAAUUCUAGUUGUGAAUUUUUUAUUGCUAUACAUCCCUACAAUAAGUUUUUAUAUGAUAGACCUUGGUAACUGGUAGCUUUAUUGUAGUUAUCACUCAUUAAAGUAAUAGAGUGCAGCUGUUCAAAAACGAAAAAUCGCCUUCCUUCAAAAUGAGCUUUCUUUCAUUUUGACCUCUCAUUUAGGUGUGUUUGAACUAUUGGCUAGCCAUAGAGACUUGUAAUAACCCCCUAAGUAGUAUUUCAAGCAAUUUUUUUAAUACAGGUGUGUAUAUAUAAGCUUCAAUUAGCCAAUUGUCAGGUCUAAAUCAAGGUCUAAAUUAAGGAUAUUUUUUGACUUAGAAGUAGAAGUAAAGUAAAUGCAGACUAAUAGCAUUAUAAUAAAACAACCUUAAUAUGACACUGACAUAUUUUAAAUGCAGGCACUCAAUAUACAAUCAUCCUGGCUGGUGCAGGGCAAGAAGACAUUAGCAACAAAAUAAGAUCUACUGAUGUAUACACUCUAUACAAUCAUCUGAGAAAAACUCCAUUCCUCCACCAAGAACUUGAUGAGACUAGCUUUGUCGGCAGGGCUGCAGAGAAGUUUCCUCCACUGCUGAAUAUAGUGGCCAGAAACAAUGUUUCUGAACUGGAUCCCCAUGUCUGCACCUCUUUUUAGUCUUUCUGAAUUUUUGAUUGACAUGUUUUUAAAUUUAAACUUUAUUUCACUGAAAGCUGUUAAUUUACCAAAAGAUGUAAAGGUGGAUGAAGGUAGUGACAAUGGUUAAAAAAACAACCAGGGUUAAGUAACGACAUCCAGGGUAAUUAAUCAAACGGAAAAGUUCAUUCUUUGAGGUUAAACAACCAACUUAAUACAAGGCUAGGCGGAGAAAAACACCAAUACAAUAAAAAUGACAGGCUAAGGUAAUGAAGGAAACAGCAAAUGCACUGCAGGCUCCAGUGCCACCAUAGGCCUGCUCAGUCCAGCCACUACUGAACCACACCAUGAGUCACACAUUCUUCAACCAUUUCCACACAGGAGCGAUGACUGGAGGGAAUGUAAAGAGAGACCACAUUUACAUAUAGUACUUGAGCCAAGAACCAAAAUUUCACAUAUCGGUACCACCUGGGUGGGCAAAUUCUAGUUGUGAUUUUUUUAUUGCUAUACAUCCCUACAAUAAGUUUUUAUAUGAUAGACCUUGGUAACUGGUAGCUUUAUUGUAGUUAUCACUCAUUAUAAUCAUAAUACAGGUGUGUAUAGAUAAGCUUCAAUUAGCCAAUUGUCAGGUCUAAAUCAAGGUCUAAAUUAAGGAUAUUUUUUGACUUAGAAGUAGAAGUAAAGUAAAUGCAGACUAAUAGCAUUAUAAUAAAACAACCUUAAUAUGACACUGACAUAUUUUAAAUGCAGGCACUCAAUAUACAAUCAUCCUGGCUGGUGCAGGGCAAGAAGACAUUAGCAACAAAAUAAGAUCUACUGAUGUAUACACUCUAUACAAUCAUCUGAGAAAAACUCAAAUUCCUAUUUAAAGUCCUAUUCUUUCCAUAAGGAACAGUGACAGCAAAUAUGACUGUCAAGUUUUGGCUUAGUACAUAAUACUGUCACUGAGUCACAGUGGGUCUGUUAACAUAGCUCCUUUUGGUCAUCAUUUAUUAAUCAACAUCAGUAAUCGACAUCAGUAUCUGUAUCUUCUUCUACAUCUGAGUCUGCCGGGUGUGCAAGGGGCUCUUCCUCACUGUAUUGGUUGGCACAAGUUUGUAAUUUGCACAGGUUUGUGCACUUCAGCCCAUGGCUGAGACAGGUGCAGUCUGGUGGUUUGCAUGUCCUCACACACUUGCAGGAUAGCAACUGCAAGACUGCAUCUGGUGCUGGGGAACCACGCAUCCACUGUAUUUCCAGCUGCCCUUCAUCAUCUACGGUCCACCCAUGGUCCUUGGGGCUUGGUACAGAUGGCUUGGUAUGAAGAGACCGUCUCCAGAUAGCAGCCUGGUAGUUGGCACGAAUCGCAUGCAUUAAUAGGCAAUCCUGACAUGGUGUAAGCUGGCUGGACUCAACUUUAGCCAAGGUCCUGCAUGAAGAUGGUGAUAGUGAAAGGAUUGAUGUUGUCUUUGACGUUUACAAGGACAUGUCAAUCAAAAAUUCAGAAAGACUAAACAGAGGUGCAGACAUGGGGAUCCAGUUCAGAAACAUUGUUUCUGGCCACAAUAUUCAGCAGUGGAGGAAACUUCUCUGCAGCCCUGCCGACAAAGCCGGUCUUAUCAAGUUCUUGGUGGAUAACAGGUCAUGAAAAACUUGAUUUACAUUACUGUUCAGACUGUUACUGUAGGAUAUUCUCAAUGAAACAUGCACUGAUCAGAGCAGGUUUCCCAAAUUUUGGGGGAUAGGCAGUUGGCUGGUCUUUAUGAAAUCAAUCAUAUCCACCAAUAAUAUCUACCUCCAAAAGGGUCUGGAAGUCAGCCAGUGUAGCUUUUUGCUCUGACAGGCUGGCCCUCCAAGUUAUGUGUGCACACAUUUAUGCGUCAGCUGCACAGGUUAACAACAGCCACCUGGAGCAUGGUCAACCAAGAAUGUUUUCUGUUUGGCAGUAUUACACAGUAAGGGAAUAAGAACAAAGGUUUGCAAUAUCUGAUUCAUGUAAGGCCGAAAAAAGUCAAAAUAAGAUCAGAAGAUUGAAGGUGUAUGCUGUCAGUUGUGAACAAUCGGAAUCAGCAGGUCAGGCUUUCAUAAGAUCUGUGAUCAAAAUUGUGGUUGGUGCACCCCUAUUCUAAACAGGUUAUUAAAAAGUUUUUUUGAAUCACUGUUCAGGCUGUUACUGUUUCAAAUCAAAUCAAACUUUAUUUAUAUAGCACUUUUAAUGCAAAAAAAAAGAAAAAGAAAUGCAGCAUAAAGUGCGUUACAUGUUAAAAACAGUUUAGUUUAAAAAUUUAAUAGUUUAAAAAUAGGACAUUAGUUAAAAGCCAAAUUAAAUAGGUGGGUCUUGAGCCUGCUUUUAAAAAUAUGAAUAUUCUCUGCAGCCCUCAGGUCCUCCAGCAGGCUAUUCCACAGACAGGGUCAAGUCAAGUCAAGUUUAUUUGUAUAGCACAUUUCAGCAGCAGGGCAAUUCAAGGUGCUUUACUUGAAACAAGCAGGCAAAACAUUCAACACAAUUUGAAAAGUAAAAACAGCGUAAAAGACAUUUAACAAAUUAAAAGUUACAUUCAAAGCUAAAAUAAGGUUGGAGAUUAAAGAAGACAAAACUUAGAUUGGAGAGGGAGAAAAAAAAAGAUCAAGACAGGCAAAUGAUGAAGAUGUUGUUUAGAGGCCUCAGGUUUGAUUUAAUGAUAGGCCACGGCAAACAUAUGGGUUUUCAGCUGUGAUUUAAAAGAGCUGAGAGUUUCAGCAGACCUACAGUUUUCAGGGAGUUUGUUCCAGAUAUGAGGAGCAUAAAAACUAAAAGCUGCUUCUCCACGUUUAGUUCUGACUCUGGGGACAGAGAGCAGACCUGCUCCUGAUGAUCUGAGCGGUCUGGAUGGUUCGUAACGUACCAGCAGAUCAGAAAUGUAUUUUGGUCCUGAACCAUUCAGUGCUUUAUAAACCAGUAAUAGUAUCUUAAAAUCAAUUCUUUGACAGACGGGAAGCCAGUGUAAAGAUCUGAGAACUGGGGUGAUAUGAUCUACUUUCUUGGUCUUAGUGAGGACUCGAGCAGCAGCAUUCUGAAUCAGUUGGAGCUGUCUGAUGGAUUUUUUGGGGAGACCUGUGAAGACACUGUUACAGUAGUCGAGUCUGCUGAAGAUAAAUGCAUGGACAAGCUUUUCCAAAUCCUGCUGGUUCAUCAGUCCUUUAACCCUUGAUAUAUUCUUCAGGUGAUAGUAGGCUGACUUUGUAAUUGUCUUUAUGUGGCUGUUAAGAUUCAGGUCUGAGUCCAAAGAAAGAUGCCUCGCCGUAAGUCCAUGUUCUAGUUUUGGGGACUUAUAAAAGGCCAGUGCCAGAGGAUCUAAGGGUCCAUGAGAGUUCAUACUUUAAAAGCAAUUAUGAAAGAUAAGAAGGUCCAAGACCCCUACGACAUUUAAAAGCCAUUAAAAGAACCUUAAAAUCGAUCCUAAAGCACACAGGGAGUCAAUGCAGUGAUUUUAAAACCAGUGUAAUGUGUGCUGCUGAGUUUUGCAACAGUUGUAAACUUACGAUGUUUCUUUUGAAAGGCCAGAAAGAAGGGCAUUACAAUAGUCAAGACAACUGGAGAUAAAAGCAUGCAUUAGCAUCUCUGUGUUAGCCCAGGAGAGAAAGGGGCAGACUCUGGCUAUGUUCUUUCAAUUAUAAAAUCCUGUUUUUGUUAUGUUUUAAUAUGUAGAAUAAAAGUCAGCUCAGGGUCAAAGAUGACACCCAGAUUCUUUACCCUAAGUUUUCAGUUUUGAUAAGAGUUUCUCUCCCUGAGCCUUAGGAUCGAUAAUGAAAACCUCAGUUUUGUCCUGGUUGAGCUGUAGGAAGUUUUUUGCCAUCCAGAAUUUAAUGUUAAGGAUAUAGCUAAAAGGGCAUCAAUUGGCCCUGUGUCAUCAGGAGGCAUGGAUAUGUACAGCUGUGUAUCAUCAGCAUAGCUGUGAAAAGUGAUACCAUGCCUCCCGAUGACAUCUCCUUGUGGAAGCAUAUAUAGAUUAAAUAGUAUGGGGACUAAAAUUGAGCCUUGGGGUACAUCACAUUUAAUGUCACUGUAGGAUAUAUGCUUAUAUAUUAAUAACUUUAUCAGUCAUAGUCUGAAACAUUUAGUAUGAUAAAUAAAAGCUUUCCCUCAUGUUACUUAAGUUAAUUUAUUUCAUUUUGCUAUGGUCUUAAAAAGUUCUUGUGUUCUUGGUUUUAGGGCCCAGAGGAAGGUUAAGAAGGGGGAGGAAGAGAAUGAGGUGAAGAAGGAGAGGAAGGUCAUUGAAGAUAAAGACAGACACAAACCAUUUGGAAAAACGGCAUGGGUGCCCGUGGAUGACGUGUACGUGAGGAGGUUUUACCCAAGAACCAUCUACAGUGCGGCAGACGCCAUUGACCUGCUGAAGAAAUUCCAGAUUUUAGACUUCACACCCAAAAAUCAGCCGGUCUACAUCGACCUGAAACUAGACAUGAAGCUGGAGAAGAAGGUUUGAAAACACAAACUCUUACUCCUCGCACCAGCUACAAGAUCAGAGUUUCAUUUCUUUAAUUUUAAAAGGUUUAUUAAAGCUGAUAAAGGUUGAAGUUACAGAUUUAAACAGUAAGUAAUGUUUUAUUUCUGUUUUUUUUUUAUUUCUUUGUUUUAUUUCUUUGUUAUAUUUCUUUAUACUUGUAUUUCUUUAUUUUAUUCCUUUAUGUUUUAUUUUUUAGGUUUUUUUCUUUAUGUUUUAUUUGUUGUUUUAUUAUUUUUAUUUUUAUUUUUUUUUGUUAAAUUACCUUGUUUUGAUUUCUGUAGUUUUUUUUAAAUGUAUUUCUUUGUUUUAUUUCUUUAUUUUUUUUUUACUUUGUUAUAUUUCUUAAUUUUAUUUUUUGUUUUUUUCUUUUUUCAUUUAUGUCAUCCUUCAAUGUUUUUUCUUUGUUUAUGUUUAAUUUCUAUUUCUUUGUCUUUUUUUGUUUUAUUUCUUUACAUUUGUUUAUUUCAUCAAUAUUUGAGCUGAAAGAGGGACGGGGCUUGGGUUAGUCAACUGACUUAAGUAUAACCUUGUAUUAAAUAAUCAGACGUGAUUUAAUCAUAUAUCUAUCAUAUAAUUGUGUAUUUUUCUAGUUCUCAGCAUGGAAUACUCAUUCUAGCAAAAACAUAUUUCAGGUUAAUAUAGAAAAUAGGAUGCUACCAGCCUAUCUGAGAGAGGGUUUUGCUUGAGCUAUUGGUCAGGUUUCAAUUUCGGCCUUGUAGGUCAUUUCCUCCUCCUUUGUGGCCGUCCUGUUGCCUGCAGACAGACACAUUAAAACCUGAAAACUGUUCUGUAUAAAGACAAAUAUCUUAAAUAGUCUUAAUUUAUGAAAGUGAUUUAUUUUAAGAUUAAAAUCAUCAGUUUAAGUUAACGGCUUCCAAAAACUUCACAGACACAAAUUCUUGAAGCACACUUAAAAACUAAAGUAAUUAAUCAUGAAUAAAAAAUAAAUACACUUUACCUGUGAAAAUAAAAACUAUCCAAGAAUACAAAAAAAAUCUUUAAUUAAAAUGUUAUUUUUCAUGUUAUUGUGACAGAUGUUUAUGUUAAUUUGAUAUUCUUGUCUCAGAGACGAGUGGAACCAUUCGUCCGCACCAUUCAUCUUCCUCACCCGCUCAGGAAGAAAAUGAACUCUGUCCUCGUCUUCACUGAGGUAAAAUAGAAAUUUACUUUUAAUUGGGGCUGCAACAAUUAGUUGACCUUAUCUAUUAUGUUCACAACAAAAAAAUCAUUAGUUGCAGUCCUAUUUUUAAUAAUUUCAGUUAAAAUUCAGUGUGAAAUAUUGUUAUUUAAGGUGUAUUAUUUUGAACUAAGAUGAUUAUUUCGUAAUUGAACUGUUGAACUGUUCUCUAGUGACUGAAGGAAAAUGUAUACUUGUCUGAAAGUGUGUAUGUGUGUGUGUGUGUGUGUGUGUGUGUGUGUGUGUGUGUGUGUGUGUGUGUGUGUGUGUGUGUGUGUGUGUGUGUGUGUGUUUUCAGGAUCCUAAUCAGGUGCAAGUGUCACUCAAUCAUGGGGCGAUGUUGGCUGGAGGGGCAGAGCUUAUUCAGCCAGUAAGUUUAUUAAUUACCAAUCAGAGGUCAGUAGUGUAAUCAACAAACCAGUCCAAUGAGUUUAUGUUUAAGAAUGUAAAUCUCAUUCAGUAACUUUAAAUUUUCAGCAUUUUUGCUUUGUGACACUACCCAAAGAUUAUUUAUCAAUAGCUUAAUUAUUCAAUAAAAGUCAGAUUUGAACUAGGGCUGAACGAUUUUGGAAAAUAAUCUAAUUGCGAUUUUUUUCCCCUCAAUAUUCCGAUUGUGAUUUAAUAUGUAUUUUUUUCAAGGUCCUCUUCAAGUGUAUUUUUCAACAAACACAAACAAUAAAUCAAUCUGCAUUAUAGUGAGCAAUAUUAGAUUUAUCAUGAAUAAAUUGUUCUUUCUGGCAAUUAUCAUUUCUUUGGAUCCCCAUCUUGUUGGCCAUUCAGUGAUGACGAGCUCCCAGUCAGAAAAUCGUAUUUUAGCUUAUCAUGAUGUAAUUGGAAAUGCAAAAAAUCGUUCAGCCCAAAUCUGAACUAUCAUGUUUGAUGUGUUUAAGGUUUUUUAAUAUUCUUUUAGAUCUUAGACCAUGAGAUUUCUGCAGAUUUUUACGUGGCUGUUCCAGAAAUUCUGCAGAAACUUCUCCCACUGAAAAACAUACUAAGGAAGAAGUUUCCAAAAAGUAAAAGAGGUAAAACUUAAUUAUUUUCUAUUUGUCUUUUUUCUUAAUUUGGUAAAACUUUUUUUUUUUUUUAUCACUGAUCACUGAACCAGUUAGACUGCUAGACUGCUAAAACGGUAUUGCAAAAUUUCUACCGGUAGACACUUUUAUACCGUCACACAGUAUAUACUGUCAUACCGCCCAACACUCGUGCCACAGAUGCAGUGUUUCAUCCAUGGACCCAGAGUGUUUGAAGCGCUGUACGUGCGUGCCACUAGAUAUGCAUGUCUGAGAGUAGGCUGCAUGUGUCAGGAAAUGUUUGUGUUGUCCUACGUGUGUGCAUGGGUGCGAAUCUAUAUCUGUUAAUAACCUGACUGGCCAUAAGUGGAGUAUUUACAGUCGAAAAUGUGACGUCCAAGUUCUGCAGUGUGGGACUAAGAGAGGGGAACAUUUGGACAAUUUCAACUUCUUAGCAAGUGGAUGGACAUGCAUGAGGGUGCACUGGUCCUUCCGAUCAAUAGAUGUGAAUAUGUUGUAUUUCAAAUAUGUAGGAAAUUUAUAUAUGCACCUAAUCAGUGUAAUCGGGUUAUAUUUUGCUUAGUGGUGGAGAGCACUUGUAAAUGAUUCCUUCCUUACACAUAUUCUCUGAUUUUAUAUGCCUUUAUGCAAAAUCAACUGACCAUGAACAAAGGCAGUCACCCGAUAUGAAUUGGUAGAAGAUGUGGCUUAAGAAAAGGGUAAAAAUGCUGUGUUUUUCCUGCUCCGAUAGACCCAGCUGUUUAGAACAGACGCUUUCGCAAUGAAUCCAAGUCUAAUGACAUGGUGCACAAUAACUGGCAUAAAAAGGUGUUACAUUUAAUUUUUUCUUUAUUAAUAUAUUUUUAAGUGGUCAGGACUGAAGUUGUUGAAGAGAUUUGAGUCAGUGAAAGUGAAAAUUUUUUUGAAAAAUGUUUUUUUUUUACUAGCACUUCACUGCAUGUCUGAUUUGGGGACAAACAAGGCUGGAUGGAGCUGAAAUAUGGAAAUUGGCACUACAAAAAAUAUGUAGGUCAUCAAAAUCAAUUUUACUACUCAUUGUUGACAUAGCCCAAACUGUUUAAAAAAAGGUAUUUUUUUCUUUAAUCUAGAUCAUUUUAUAUGGGAAAUAGUGUUUUUGUGUUUUUUAACCAUAACAAAACAACAGUGACAUGGUCCACAAGAACUGGCAUAUGAAGGGUGUAACACAGAUUUUUUUAAGUGGUCAGGGCUGAAGUUGUCUUAGUGAUUUGAGUCAGAGAAAGUUAAAAAAAAUACAAAAAAUAUUAUUUUAUCAACACUCAUCUGCAUGUCCAUUCUGGGGACAAAGUAGGCUGGAUGGAGCUUAAAAUUACAAGGAGCUGAGGUGUAUCUGUGUAUCUAUGAUCUGUAUUAGUUUGAAUGUGGGCAGAGCCUCUCUGCCCAAACCACCCAGCUGUCUGGCAGAGAAUCCCUGUGAUUAACUAAAUUACUGGCCAGUCCUUGUGAUUGGCUGCUGGUCAGUCCUCACUGUGAUUGGCCUAACUACUGGCCAGUUCACCAUGUGAUUGGCUGCUGAUUGGUGAUUCCUAGUCUGUCCUUGAAGCUCAACUUCUUGGGAUGUUCUCCUCAGAUAUUUGAGUCCUCUCUUACAGGGAGAUCUUCGGUUCAGGAUCCAGCUUGGAUAAAUGAACUUGUGCGCUCUAGGUCUUCCUAAAUCUGGGUGUUAUGAUUGAUGACCCACUAACCUUUAGGGUCCAUUUGGCCUUGAUUGCUCAGACCUUUCCUGACAGACCACAGCUUCUGGUACAGACUCUGGGAAUAUCACUCAUUGAUUUCUGCAACUCCUUACUGGCAGGCCUCCCUUUGUGCACCUCCCUCCACUCCCUCCAGCCCGUUACACUCAUCAUUGUCGUUAAGUAUACUGAUAAGAAGAAAAAGAACUUUAUUGAUCCCGAAGGGAAUUCAAUUGUCUGUAGUCUCAUGUGUCAGGUCUCAAGUCAUCUACUAUUUCCAGAGGUAUUAUAAAGUCUGAUGGCAGUGGGUACAGAAGAUCUUCUGAAUCUUUCUGUCUUGCAGCGAAGAGAGAGGAGCCGUCAUCCACCACCACUGGCCCUUUGGUCCAUUAAGGUGUUAAGAAGUGGGUGAUCCAUGUUAGAAUAGCCUCCACCUUCCUUAGUGUACAUCUCUCCACCACAUCCUCCAGUGAGUCCCACUUUAUUCCAACCCAUAGACUGUAUACACUAUGGACAACUUGGUUCCGCCUCCCGCCUGUAUAUCGGUAUUUCCGCUAUUUUUCUUCAUUUUCUGAAACCAGCGUUGCGCAGUAGCGUUGUGGGAGAGUCGCAGAGAGUUGCUGUGAUGAUGCUCGGCUCAAACAGUGUAUUCCCUGGGCGAGCUACGCAACCCCUGAACGCCAAUUGGUUGUAUCAGGUGUCAAUCAAAGAAAACUUGAACCCCCUGAUAACUUUUAAAAACGGAGCUUCACAGAAAAAAGAGGACUUGAGCCCAAACCAGUCUUACAGUAACUACAUGUCAACACCGCAAGCAGGGGGGAGAAAAAUAUAUGUUCUGUGUAAUAAAAUUAUAAAAUUCUUCCACAGCUCCAUAAACUUUGCUGGCGAAGGCGGUAUUUAUGACCUAUACUGCAGCCCGUCAACAGAGGGUGCUGUUCUUGGAGUGGCUUCACCCAGCAAGGAGGCAGACUCUGUCCAUUCUAAAUACAGUCCAUGUUCCAACUGCAGAGCCAGCUUUUUUAAUCAGUUUGUUAAGACGCCUUGCAUCUUUGUGUUUGAUACUGCCUCCCCAGCAGACUGCAGCACAGAACAGAACACUUGGCACCACAGACUGAUAAAACAUCUGCAACAUCUUACUACAGAUGUCUUUUCAUUGUUGUCUUCUCAGGCAAAAGAAGCGGCUCUGCCCCUUUUUGUAAAUGAAGUCUACAUUCUAAGACCAGUCCAACUUAUUAUCAAAGUGCACACCUAGAUAUUUAUACAAUGACAACACUUCAAUGUCCACGCCACUGGUGUUCACUGGCUGAAGAGGGGGUUUGGAUCUGCAGUAAUCUAUGAUCAUUUCUUUUGUCUUUGAGGUGUUGAGUAGAGGCAGCUUUUGUGACCCCAGUUACUGAAAGCUCUUAUCAGAUCCUUGUAUUCAACCUCUUGUCUAAUUCUAAUACUUGCCAUGAUAGCAAUGUCACUGGCAGGACUCAGUGCUGUGUUUAAAGUCUGAUGUAUACAGUGUGAACAGGAAUGGUGCCAGGACUGUCCCUUGUGGAGCCCCUGUACUGCUCAUUAAUGUCCCAGAAACACAGUUCCCAGCCUGACAAACUGUGGCCUUCCUGUCAGAUAGUCUGUGAUCCAGGAUCCACUCCCAUCUCUGUAAGCUUGUCUUUGAGUAUGGUAGGUUGGAUGGGCACGGUGAAGCAUGUAGAGGACAGCAUCAUCCACUUCAAUGUGUUCUUUGUAUGAAAAACGCAGGAAAUCCAGUUUGUCUUUGACCUCAGACCUCAGAAGGCAUAGAAUCAGCCACCAGGGUUUUCAUGAUGUGUGAAGUUAGGGCCACUGGUCUGUAGUCAUUUAGUACAGCAGGACAUUUUGUUUUUGGUACUGGUACAAUGCAGGAUGUUUUCCACAGAGCAAGUACCUGCCCAAGCUGUAGACUCAGGUUGAAGAUCCUGUGGAGAGGUUGAUACAGUUCUGCAGCACAGUGUUUAAAGGUGAGGUUAGCAGGAAUCCUCUAAAGAAGCAUCUUUUUUGUGGUGUAUAUACAAAAAAGCUUUUAAUAUCAGUCAAUAGCUAUUAGUUAUUCAUGACAUUUGGUAAUAUCCCGAUAUCGCUGUGUUCUCUUAUGCCUUUGUAGUCAACAUUUAAAAUUUUUUGAGCGGCCUGCUCUUUCUGACUGUAAACAAAGCCAUUCUCCACCUCCCCGACCUGAUUGGUUAAGAAGCAGAUGCUGCUCCUUGGUGCUGAUUGCUUGUGAGGCAGGCGCUGCUCCCUAUUGUUGUGAGGCACGCUCCAUGUCCUUGAAUAACGUGCACAAGCCCUAACAAAGUUAGUGUGCUACAAUAUUGGACAGUCGAAACCAACCAGAAAGUACAGAAAAUUGUCUGAAUCCUCCUUCGGCCACAACUGCCAACACAAGAAAGAAAACGAAGUAAAUGCAGGAGACUCUGGUGGAACAAUGGGCGCUCAAAAAUGAGGUAGACUGGACAAGAGCUAAAAAGCCGGGUCAACAUCAAUGAAGCAUAAACAAUAGACGAUGCUUCGGGAUCUUAAGGACCCUAUAACCUUUCUGCUGGUCAGGUAAACAGCUUUAAGAAAAGUAAGCCAAUUGUCUGUAGCAGAAGUGUUUCUUGUCAGAAGGACCUGCUGCGUGUUGUUGCGCCGCUAAACUGUUUACCUCGGGUCCUGGAGUAUGUCACUUUAUCCUAGUUAUAGCAGUCCUGCAAACAUUGUGUUCGCUGGUAGUCUGUUGGCAUCUAAAGUAGCACCAAUGCUUUUUACUCUCACGUUGGCUGGGCCCCAUUUGUAAUUACCUGGAGUAUUUAUCUGCAUUAUAUCUAAAUUUAAUUUGAAUGAUAUGAGCGAGCACAAGCGUCUGUUUGUGGGCAGGACUUGCUGGAGCAGAGAGGGAGGGAAGAGGAGGAGCUAAAGGGAAAACUGGUUGGGAGGGGUAGUGUUUACAUUCAAGAUUUCUCCCAAAAACUGGCACUUCCUCAGAUCCUGCCUUCCCCACCUUUAAGCAGCCUUGGACUCACACCAUCUGGACCAGCUGCCUUCUCAGAGCGAAGUCUUCAAAGCUCCAACCUCACCCCUGUUUUCUGUGACAGACAAGGAGUGAUGUUUUAGGGGGGAGGUGGUUGAAACAUAUGAAUGAGAUGGAAGAGUAAGGGGAGAAGUUGUGGUGGAGAUUUGUUGCAGAGAGGAAGGUGGAGUAGCUGUGGAAGUCUGUAUAUCAGCAGUGUCAAAUCUGUUGAAGAAAAGGUUGAGUUCAUCGGCUCUUUCCACAUUACCCACUUUUGGCUUUCUUUCCUUUUUAUUGCUUUGCCCAGAGAUGGCACUGAUUCCUCUCCAAACCUCAUGGAUGUUGCUAUGUUGUAGAUUCCUCUCUAUCCCUUUUUGUAUUUUUGUGUUCCAGCAUUGCCAUCUUCAGUCUCCUCCUCAACUCCUGUUGCACUUGUCUGAGUCGUUCUUUGUCACCGUCUCUAAAGGCUGUCUUUUUCUGGUAAAGGAUUGCUUUUAUGUCUCUUGUGAUCCAGGGUUUGUUGUUGGGGAAACAGUGAAUAGCCUUUGUAGGUAAAACUGUGUCCUUACAGAAGUUGAUGUAUUCAGUAAAGCGAUCAACUUGUCUGUCAGUGUUCAUACUAUUCACAUCUGUUUCCAGCAGCACAUUCCAGUCUGUUGAUUUAAAACAGUCCCUCAGAGCUUCACGAGCUUGAGGUGUCCAUCUUCUGAUGUUGACUUAAGUCACAGGCUGCCUUUGUACACAAGGUCUGUAAAAGGUCUGCAGAAAGACCAAGUUAUGAUCUGACUUGCCUAGUGGUGGUAAGGCAGUGGCUCUGUAGGCUUCUUUGACGUUGGCAUACAGCAGAUCCAGGGUUUGGUUCUCUGUGGUAGGACAGUUCACAAACUGUGUGAAUCCAGUCAGGUGAGAGGAGAGGGUGACAUGGUUUAAGUCUCCUGAUAUUAUUAUUAGUGCCUCUGGGUGUUGAAUCUGUAGCCUGGCAACACUAUUAUGCAAAAGAUCGCAUGGAAUUUCUUCAGUUGACUUGGGUGGGACGUAUACAAGUAUUGUUAUGAUAUGACUGAAUUCUUUUGAAACGUAACAUGGCUAAAGAUCAACUGCCAACAGUUCAAUAUCUGGACAACACAACUUCUCCUUGACAGUUAAGUGUGAAAGGUUACACCAUCUCUGGUUAACAAAUAAAGCCAGACCUCCUUUCUUCUUGCCACUAGCGUGUGCAUCUCUGUCUGACCUUAUGAGAGUGAAGCCAGGUACAUUCACACUGGAGUCAGAGUUGUUUUGAUUCAACCAGGUUUCAGUAAAACACAGGAGACUGAACUCACGGUAUGCUUUGUCAGUCUUCACCUAUAUCUCCAGCUCAUUGCUUUUCUUGGGCAGAGUUGACCUUUCCCAUAAUGAUUGAUGGAGAAAGGGUUUAUAUCUCCACCUCCUAGCUCCAACUUUGAACUCUGGAUAAACAAUAACUAAUAAGACUGACAAAAAUAUAACAUGAAUAAUGAAAUAAAUAAAUGUAAUCAUUGUUCAGAGCUGAUUAGCUGUUCCUUGAUUUUCAGGUUCAGUCAGUGUGAACAUCCCCAAAAUGCUUGAUUUAUUUAGAAUGGGUCAUGAGUACCUGGUGGAGAAUGAGUGCUACGUUAGGACGCAGAUUGCCACAGUGGGUAUUACACAGACACACAUUGAUUAUUAUUAAAAAAAUCAGUCAAUUAUAAUAGAUUAAUUCUGUAAAAUAGUUUGAGUUUAAUUUGAAGUUUUUUCCUCUGACAGCUCGACAUGAACAAACUUCAAAUCUACGAAAACCUGAAAACCAUCCUGACAGAUGUCUGCUCACACCGACCCACUGACAAAGGUACAUUUAACCACAGCUGCCUUCAUCAACAUCUUCAUCAUCAACUUUGUUAUCGUCAUUUAAGUAGUUCUGGUUAUUCUAGUGUUUAAAUAAAAACUAAAAUUUUUUUAUUUUAAUCAUAAUGCUAUCAUGAGAAAUUUAAGUGUUAUUGUCACUGAUCAUCUAAAACUGACCAAAAUCUUCAUUAUCCUAAUUUUCACUUAUUUACUAAAACUACCCAAUAUCACCCAGAGUUAACCAGUUUAUGAGUUAAUGAAUAAUCACAUUUUUUCCUCUUCUCUUCUCCUCCCCCUUUUUCUUUCCUCUUUCUUUCUCUUCUAUUCUCCUCCUUUCCUCCUCUUCUUCUCCCCACUUUUCAUCCCUCUUUCAUUCUCUCCUCCUCAUUAUCUCUUCUCCCCCUCGCCUUUCCUCCUCCUCUCUUUCCUUCUCUUUUUCUCCUUCUUCUCUCCUCUCCUCCUUUCCUCCUCCUCUCCUCCUUUCCAUUUCCUCCUUGCCUCCUCUCCUCUCCUCCUUUUCUCCUCCUCUCUCUCCCUCUCCUCUUCUUUCCUCUCCCUGCUCCUUCCCUCCUCCCCUAUUUCCUUCCCUCUUUUCUUUUCUUCUCCCCUCCUCCUUCUUUUCUUCUCCUUUUCAGGUCCGUUCAUCCAGCGAGCAAUCAUAGCGAGUCACACUAGUGAGGCUCUUUGGUUUCAAAGUGGCAGUGUUUUAUCGAAACCAGAUGAGGGGAUGGACUGACAGCAUUCAUAAAGAAACUGAUUUAUGUAUUUACUGUAUUAAAUCAAACUGUAGUUUUUAUGGUUUAAUUACUAUUUAUACAGUAUUUAUGGUAGUACUGUAUUUAUGGUAUAAACUGUAUUUUUAGUAUAAACUGCAGAAAUACAGUCACUAUAAAUAUGUAAAAGCUGUGGAAAUAAACUGUGUAGAAUUAAAUUUUUUUCCCUUAUUGAAUCUGACAUUGAAGAAAGAUGUUUUAGAUGAUGGAUACAUUUAAAAGUUUGAUGCUUUUGAACUUUACUAACAUGAUUUCAAACUGUA